AUGUGGUCCAGAGCUGGUCGUCAGUUCUUCAGACACCUGUCAUGUGGAGCUCCUCAGGCUGGUCUUCUUCUGGACGUGGACGGGGUAUUGGUUCGUGGUCGGUCUGUGGUUCCCGCUGCACGCCGUGCCUUUAAGAAGCUCCAGCGCCCGAACAAGGACUUCAUAUUUCCUGUCGUGUUUGUGACCAAUGCAGGAAGUUGUCAUCGUGAGCAGAGAGCCAAUCAGCUGUCAGAUCUGCUGCACGUUCAGGUGCACCCAGAGCAGGUGGUCUUGUCGUACAGUCCCCUGACGAUGAUGAAGAGUCUUCAUCACAGAGUGGUGCUGGUGUCAGGCCAGGGACCAAUCAGAGAAAUCGCCCACAGGUUAGGUUUUGAUCAAAUCGUGACGAUUGACGACGUGAGGAAACACUGCCCCCUGCUGGAUGCCGUGGACCAUGACCCCCGACCUGCCCAGUCUGCACUCCAGACACUGCCGAGGAUCCAGGGAAUCCUUCUGUUUGGGGAGCCCACCCACUGGGAAAGUCACUUACAGAUCAUGAUCGAUGUCAUUCUGACCAAUGGGAACCCAGGCUCUGCCCACCUGCCCCCAGGCUCCACCCCACAGCUGCCAAUAAUCAUUUGUAACCCUGACCUCCUAUGGAAAAGCCACGCCCCCAGCCCCAGGUUCGGUCAUGGCGUAUUCGUGCUCUGUUUGGAGGCGGUCUUUAAGAAACUGUCGGGGGUGGAGCUUCAAAUUGAGGCGCUGCUAGGGAAACCAAGCGUUUUGACCUAUCGCUACGCAGAACACCUGCUGACAUCACAGAUGACAUCAUCAGACUCUAGGGCUGCCUCCAGACUCAGGACAAUCUACGCCAUUGGGGACAAUCCCCUGACGGACGUGUAUGGCGCUAAUCUUUACGACCGCUUCCUCAAACAUAAUGCUGUUACAGCGGCGACAGCGCCACGCAGGGUCUCCAUGGCAACGGGUAAGGCAGUCUCCAUCACAAUGGGAGGAGUCCCUGAAGAGGAGGAGGGGUUGGUGUCGGGCGCAGAGGAGUGUCGCUCUGUCCUGGUGUGCACAGGUGUGUUCGAUCCGGCCUCCCCACCAUCCUCAGACCAGUGGGCGGGGUUGGAGGCGGAACUGCUGCAGCCGCGACACACCGUGGAGGAUGUGGAAGAGGCGGUGGAGUUGAUCCUGCAGAGGGAAGGACUCCUGUAUAAUUAG